AAUCAGCUGUAUUGUGCCAUCUCUAGUAAAUAUCGCAUGCUGCCUUAAAAUGUUGAAAAAUAUUUUGAAUAAGUCCAGGCAGGUGCUUUAUCCAGUGGCCAGGACAUUUAGCCGCAGUAGCAAUCAAGGCAAUGCUGUAACGGAGUCCGCGGCGGCGGUCACCGCUCCUUUGGCCACCAAAUCCCCGUUAAUUUUGCCGCAAAAUUACACGGAUUUUACGCCGGUAAGCAGGAGUACGGCCCGUCAGGCGUGGAUCGAAAAUACAGAUGCGGUGGCGGAAAGAAAAGUUGGCCUCAUCGAACUGCAUCCAGAUGUGUUUGCUGCCCAGCCACGGGUGGACAUCAUUCAGGAAAAUGUGGAGUGGCAGCGUAAGUAUCGUUAUGUAAGCAUGGCGCACACAAAAACCCGGGCGGAGGUGCGCGGUGGCGGCCGAAAGCCAUGGCCCCAAAAGGGAGGAGGUCGUGCCCGCCACGGAUCCCUCCGGUCACCUAUGCUCAAGGGCGGUGGCGUGGUUCACGGUCCCAGAUCGCCCACUACCCACUUCUAUAUGCUGCCCUUCUACAAAAGGGUUUUGGGGUUGACCUCCACUCUGAGCGUUAAGCUGGCUCAGGAUGACCUGCACAUCAUCGAGAACGUGGACAUCCCCACCGGAGAUUCCCAGUUCCUCAAAGACCUGAUCGCCGAGCGGAAUUGGGGACCCUCUGUUUUGGUUGUAGACGAAGAUCACAUGUUCCCCGCCAAUAUAUGUCAGGCCAGUGAUGACCUAGGAUAUGUCAAUUUAAUGCCAUCCUUCGGUCUCAAUGUAUAUUCCAUGCUAAAACACGACACUCUUGUUUUGACUGUGGCUGCAGUCAAGCAUCUGGAGCAAAGGCUGCUUUACCAACUUCAUCGCAACGACGCCGCCAGCAAGGGCGGAAAAUUCAAGUUGGAUCAAGUGUAGAUGCUAAAGAUGUUCGACUUUAGUUUAUUUGUAAUCUUUAUGGAUGCCAGAAAAUGCAUUGUUAAACGUAAAAA